GUCUGAGUUUUCAUAUGGCUCGGUGUUAGCUUUAGCGGCAAAAUACAGGCGGUGGAAAAGCUCCUACGUUGCUACGCUCAUGUUGCUAACUAACCAGACACCUGAGUUGAGAUGAUCCACAGUCUGUUCCUGGUGAAUCAGUCGGGAGACAUCUUCCUGGAGAAACACUGGAAGAGCGUCAUCAGCAGGACCGUGUGCGACUACUUCUUCGAGGCUAAAGAGAAGGCGGUACAGCCGGAGAAUGUGCCCCCAGUCCUGCAGACCCCCCACCACUACCUCAUCACCAUCUACAGAGACAAGCUCUUCUUCCUGUCCGUAGUUCAGACAGAGAUCCCCCCGCUGUUCGUCAUCGAGUUCCUGCACAGGGUGGCAGACACGUUUCAGGACUAUUUUGGAGAAUGCUCAGAAAGUGUCAUCAAGGACAAUGUGGUGACGGUGUACGAGCUGUUGGAGGAGAUGCUGGACAACGGCUUCCCUUUGGCAACAGAGUCCAACGUCCUCAAAGAGAUGAUCAGGCCUCCAACCAUCCUGCGAUCAGUUGUCAAUACGCUCACAGGAAGCAGUAAUGUUGGAGAUACGUUGCCAACAGGACAAUUGUCCAACAUCCCGUGGAGGCGGGCUGGUGUUAAAUACACCAACAAUGAGGCGUACUUUGACGUGAUAGAGGAAAUAGAUGCCAUUCUGGACAAAUCAGGCACAACAGUAUUUGCAGAGAUCCAGGGUGUGAUUGAAGCCUGCGUGAGACUCACUGGGAUGCCUGACCUGACGCUUUCCUUCAUGAAUCCUCGUCUUCUCGACGACAUGAGUUUCCACCCAUGUGUGCGGUUUAAGCGCUGGGAGUCGGAGCGUGUCCUCUCUUUCAUCCCGCCAGAUGGGAAUUUCACACUCAUGACCUAUCAUGUCAGCUCUCAAAAUCUUGUAGCUAUCCCAGUGUACGUGAAGCAGAACAUCAGUUUCUUUGAGACGGGAUCUUGUGGCCGCCUUGACAUCACGAUCGGACCCAAGCAGACCAUGGGGAAGACGGUGGAGGGUUUGAUGGUCACUGUGCACAUGCCUAAAUCCGUGCUCAGUGUCAACCUCACAGCCUCACAGGGAAACUACACUUAUGACCUUACUACCAAGGUAACUAACAAAGGUUGA